GACUCAUUUUGAACAAUAACUUGAUCUUUGUUUUAUUUUAUUUGAAGCGCAAAACUAGAAGAGAAAAGGAAAAAAGAAGAAGAGAAAAAGCAACAAGAAGAAGAGAUGGAAAGAAAGAAAUUAAAGGCAAGAAAUUCCUUUAAAAGCUUCUUUACAAAGACAACUUUAGCUACCCCAAAGACUUUACCAAAAUCUGUAUUAAAAUUUGAGCCUUUUGAAAUAAAGCCGAGCAUGAGCCUGGCCCCACUUUGUCGUUCUGAGUUCUGCAAAGAGUCCAAACAGGAAUUGGAUAAUGAUUUCAAAUUGCAGAUUAAAUCAAAUUUGUACUUGCAAAAUCUACAAAUAAGAAAGCCUUUGCCACCAUUCACAAGAACAAGAAGACGAAAAUUAGCUAAAAAGUCAUACAAAGAACAUGAUGCUAAUUCACCAAGUGGCAAACCUACAAUACCAGUAAUUGAAGUUAUUGAUGAAGAUGACGADGAAGAUGAUGACAACAGUGAAUCUAGCUCAGUUGUUGAAAUUCAGGAUGAUGAGAAGAAAGCAGUUCAUAUGAAAGCUGUAUUUCUCAAAUUUUAUGAAAAUAACAGGCCACCUUAUUAUGGUACCCAAAGAAAGAGAAGCAAGAUAAUAUCAGCAAAAAAUCCUUUUAAGAAGGAUGAGGCCAUGUUAAACUAUGAAGUUGAGAGUGAUGAUGAGUGGGAAGAGGAGGAGCCUGGUGAGAGUUUAUCUGACAGUGAGCCAGAGGAUAACAACGAAGAGGAAACUGAAGAAUGUGAUGAAGAAGAUGAAGAUGGGUGGAUGGUACCUCAUGGUUACCUAUCAGAUGAUGAAGGCAUCCAUGAAGACGAUGAAGAACAUGAUGGCAACACCUUGGCCAAGAAGGAGCAACAGCUGGCUAAAGCAAAAGCAUGGGAAGCAGAACUCAUGAAAAGAUGUAAAGCAAUGAGGCCUGUUUGUAUUGGCUGUGUUUGGCCUGAUUACAAUGAAAUUGAUGAUGUCCUGAAAAGAUUUCAAGCAUGUCUAUUGGUAGAUGGUCCAUCAAUUUCUAUAACAUCGUCCACAUCUGUAGUAUUAGAUGAUGUGCAGAAAGGAGAAUCACUGUCAUUCACCACUCCUGAUGCUGGCAGCAGUACAGCCAUGUAUGUCCCUGAGGAAGCUAUGCUUGACUUGAUUCAUCUUAUCCAUGGAAGUAGUGAUGGUUUGGACAAAUUAGUAAACAAUUUCCAGCAACAUUGGUCCAAUAAAUGUAGUUCUACGGGAGCUUAUCCAACUCUUAAUGGGAAAGGACAUAUUUCAAAGAGACAACUUAGCAAGAAGAUCCGUGCUAUAGCCAAAAAAGAAAGUCGUUUAUUUGACAAACCGCGUUGGUAUGUCCUUCAAGGUGUUUUAGCAAGCUAUUCCCUCAAUAAUCUGAAAGCCGAGCCUGGUGUUCAAGAACCCAAUAAUAGGAGUAUUAGUCCUCCUGGUGCUAUCAAACACUUCACAAAGCCUGUACCUGAAAUUCUCAAACCAAUUGCAUUGCCAGUAAGCAAACUGCACAGGGAGACUUUUGCUGCCCAAAGUGAUGAAUCCCAGGCCAUCAAGUCCURCACUACAAAACAUAGGAUCAUUCUUCAAACAGUGAUUCCUGAUAGUACUAUUAAGAAAACAACUUCUAUGGAACAUCAUGAAACUAUGAUUGCUAAUCCACAUACAGUAGAAAAACCAAUAUCUCAAGACAAAUUACCAGCAUUACAUGUUACUAUGGAAACCCAGGCAAAACAAAACAAAGCAAACAGACAGCACGAAAUACCACUGACUUUAACAACAGAUACAAGUGAUAUCAAACAUUCAGCAGCACAGAUGAAAAAAGCUCUUAUUCCAGGAAUUUGUGUCCAAACAGUCCAGGUUAAGCCAGAAAACCCUUCACACCAAUUGCACAACAGUGUCAUAGCCAAUAGGGAUGGAGCAGCAACCAUUCAGCCUUCCAAGUCACAAUCGAGUUACAAUGGUAAUAAUCUAAAGGUGUGCAGCCAAAAUGCCGAAUUACAAAUUGUUAGUUUCAAGAGACAGAUUCCAUCCCCAGAAUGCAGUAUUAGAGCUUCCAAAGUGUUAAAAAGGGAAGACUCCUCAAUGAACAAUAAUAAUUUCCAUAACUUCAGUGUCAACAGUCAUCAAGUACUUCAGGGAGAUGAAGUUGGGAAAUUAGAAGUACAGCAAUGUUGACCUAGCAAUGGACACCACUAGUUUUACUAAUAAAAUAAAAGAUAUCUUGAGGAAACGGACUACUAAAAAUGUUUAUAAUUAUUAGAAUAUUUUGUAGUUUUGUUAAGAGAAUUUUAACCUGUAAUCCAUGAUGUAUAUAGAAAACAUUUAAAUAUAUAUGCUACUUCCAUUCAAACGAGGUAGUAUUUAUGAUAUAUGGUUCAAUUGUAAUUUGGAUAAUUACUUUUUGUAUUAAAUAAGAAUCUAUCAGUAUAUAUGUGAUAUUUCCAAUC